AUGGCCAUCCGAUACCUCCUACUGCUGUCUCGUCAAGGCAAAGUACGUCUUGCCAAAUGGUUUGAAACACUUGCAUCUAAGGAGAAAACCAAGAUUGUGCGGGAAGUGACAACGCUGGUUCUUGCGCGACGCACCAAGAUGUGCAAUGUGUUGGAAUACAAGGACUCUAAGGUAGUGUACCGGCGGUACGCGUCACUGUUUUUCAUUGCAGGAAUUGAGUCAGACGACAAUGAGCUGAUUACUCUAGAAAUCAUCCAUCGGUAUGUCGAGCAGAUGGACAAGUACUACGGCAAUGUGUGCGAGCUCGACAUUAUCUUCAACUUUACAAAGGCAUACUACAUUUUGGACGAGCUGCUGCUGGCCGGCGAGAUCCAAGAAUCGUCUAAACGUGAGGUUCUGAGGCGCAUAUCUCAGCAAGACGCUUUGGAGGCUGCCGAGGCCGAAGACGAGGGUCUCAGUCGGUUAUUGAAUUGA